AGAAACAACGUGCACCGGGACCGACAGCGGCCAAAAACCUCUUCUGCUAUCUUUACACUAUAUCUCUUCAGUGAGAGGAAAACAAAAACAUGGCUAAAUGGGGAGAAGGAGACCCUCGCUGGAUCGUAGAGGAGCGAGCAGACGCGACUAAUGUCAACAACUGGCACUGGACCGAACGGGAUGCGACAACCUGGUCGUCGGACAAGUUAAAAGCUCUGCUGCUCGGUCUGAGCGUGGAGAACGAGGAGGGGAGCUGCGAGGUCACGGAGGUCAGCAAGGUGGAAGGAGAGGCUUCCAUCAACAACCGGAAAGGAAAACUUAUUUUCUUUUAUGAAUGGAACCUAAAAGCAGCUUGGACCGCAAUGUCUAAAGCAGGAAUCAAAUAUCAAGGAACAAUCGAAGUCCCGAACCUGUCUGACGAGAACGACAUGGAGGAUCUCGAUAUCGGCGUAUCGCUGAACAAAGACGAACCUGAGACGCCACUGACCAACCUGAUGAGGACAAAAGGAGCCGAGAAGAUCCGCGAAGCUCUUGGAAGCUACGUCGGCUACUUAAAAUCAGAGUUCACUCAGGGGAUGAUCCUGCCGACAGCUAACGGUGUGGCGAAGGUUCAGUCCACAUCACAGUCCAAAGCCAAGCUGAAUAAAACUCAGAUUUCCUCCUCAACCAGUUCAGCCGCUCCCAUCAACACCGGCGUUAAGAUUCCCACCUGUAAAUUCAGCAUUAGGGAAAAGUUCCUCACCUCGCCGGCCGACCUCUUCAGGGUGUUUCUCAACCAGGAGAUGAUCCAGGCGUUCACACACGCUCCAGCGAUGGUUGAGGGAGAGAAGGGCGGAAAGUUUCGUCUGCUAGAUGGAAAUGUUUUCGGUGAAUUCUCGGAGCUGAUUCCUGAUGAGAAAAUAGUCAUGAAGUGGAGGUAUAACAACUGGCCCUGUGAGCACUACGCGACAAUCACCAUGACUUUCAUGGACCGGAGCAGCGAGACGGAGCUGAAGGUGGAUUGUCGAGGCGUCCCUGAAAACGAGGAGGAGCGGACAAAAGAAGGCUGGAAGAGAUACUACUUUGAAGCUAUUAAACAGACAUUUGGCUACGGAGCGCGGCUCUUCUGAAGAAGACGUUGUACUGUAAAACGCUGUUUUCAUUUUCUGAGGUUUUUUUUUUUUUUUUUCUCUCGGAUUUUUAAUCUUCUUGUCCUUCGAUCUCUCUGGCACAAGAUACUUCAGUGUAAACUCAUAGCACGAGUUAAAAGGAAAGAAAUGAAAUAGGCGAGGUUGACAUGUCACCUGUCUGUGUUCCUGUACAUGUUUUAAUUUCUGGUUUAAAUAUUUAAAUCUAGACUCCCCCCCCCCCCCCCCCCCCUUCCUAUUCCUCCUUCUUCAGUAUUUGGGUCAGUUGUUCAAAGUAGCAUGGAUGGACUGUGCCUUUGAGACUCUGGAUGGAAAUUGGAAUAAAGCAAAGAAGAAUAUAAUGAACCACUAAUGCAAAUUGGCCUCCGAUUUAAUAUAAAUCACUGGUUAAAAGUCAAAAAUAAACGUUGAUUUUCUUUUUUUAUUUGGAGAAAAUGAAAUGCUAUAUUAUGUUGCUUUUUUGGAAAUGAAUGUUUAUUUUUUACUUUAUUUUACUUCUUUUCAAGUGUAACUGUAGUGAAGAUGCAUGAUUCAUUCAUUUCAACCCUGCCGGACCGAGGAAACGACUGCUGGAUCUGAACUUUCUCCUGGCAAAGUCCGACACUUUUAUCGCUUUAAGCAGUGCUGUACUUUUUCAGUUUGUUUCCGUUAAGACUUGAUUUCGUGCACAUUAGCGAGCUCGGCGAAAGGUGCAGAGAGAAGGGCAGAUCGUCUGGGACCUUCAGCAGGAAACGUUAUAAAUGUUUGUCACAGUGUUGGAAAACAGGAAAGAAAAAAAAACAAGUUUUAAGUCUUUAUGCAGGUAGCUAGCAUAGCAACUAAAGAGACGCUAUAUUUGGCUUCAAAAUGUACAUUUACAGUUUUAAAAAAAAAGAAAGAAAAAAAGGCUUUCAGAACAAACUGCAUCUAUUUAUUUCAUCCCAUUCACGAUGUAAAAAGAUUAAACAAAUCCCUGUUAUGCUCUUUGAUUUGUUUUUAUUUAUGUGAGCACAUCUUUUAAUUACUUCGCAUUAAAUU